AUGCGAGGUCCUGGAUGGUUAUCGCAAGACGAAACUUUCUGGCCUAAACGCUCGUUGCAACAAGAGCCAUCUGAAGAAUGUAUCAAGGAAAUGAAAGCUCGCCAUGUCAUGAGUAUGUUCAUCAAUUCAGAAGAACACCACUUGAUUUCCACAAUUAUCGAUUGCAAUAGAUUCAGUUCCUACACAAAGCUACUUCGUGUAACUGCUUACGUUCUACGUUUUGUAAAAAUUUGUCGCAACAGCGUGAAGGAAACAGAAGAGCUAUCAGCGCAAAAGUUGGAAGAGGCAGAACAAUGUUGGGUAGAAGAUAUGCAGUCAACCUUCAAAGAAGAAAAGCUCGCUGACUUGAAGAAGCACCUCGGAAACGAUAAGGACACGAAGGGCAUAAUUCGUUGCUAUGGUAGGCUUAACAACUCAAGUUUACCAAUUGAAUCAAGAAACCCAAUUCUUCUACCUAAAGAGCACCACGUAACCCACCUUAUAAUACAGAACUGUCGUCGUAACGUACUGCACAAUGGAACAAAGGAAACCCUACAAGAGCUCAGAUCGCGUUUCUGGGUAAAUCAAGGAAGACAACUUGUCAAGAAAAUCUUACGAGAUUGCAAACUUUGCAAGAAAUUACAAGGCCUAGCAUAUGGGUCACCAAAGGCUGGACAGUUGCCAGACUUCAGAGUUCGAGAAGAGUACGCAUUUUUCUCGGUGGGAAUAGAUUUUGCCGGUCCACUUUACGUUCAAACUACAGCAAAUGUUUCAAGAAAGGUUUAUCUUGCAUUAUUUUCUUGCGCAACGUCGCCGGCUUUCAAUUUAGAACUCGUACCGGACUUGUCGGCAAAAACAUUUUUAAACUGCUUUCGCAGAUUCGUUAGCCGCAGAGGAAUACCACGAAAUAUCGUAACUGACAACGCGAAAACUUUCAAAUCGUUUUCUAAAACACUUCUACAACUGUUGAAUUCAUCUAAUGUAAAAUCGUAUCUUGCUGAAAAGCGCGUCACAUGGAGUUUCAACCUUGCCAAGCCCCUUGGUGGGGUGGAUUUUACGAACGUCUGAUAAAGGGUGUGAAGAGCUGUUUGAAGAAGACAAUCGGUACAUCGAAACAUUCGUACGACAAGCUACAUACCGUAAUCGUUGAGAUAGAAGGCGUAUUGAACUCGCGUCCACUGACAUAUUUGUACCCAAACGACCUUGAAGAGCCACUCACGCCAUCGCAUUUACUUGCAGGCCGUGGACUGCUUCAGUUACCAGUUGACACCGAAGCGAAGGAAGAUUCCAAUUACAACCAAUGCGCUAAAACAACCCAACGUAGGGCCCGAGUUGUAUCAAUGCUGAUUCACCAUUACUGGAAGAGAUGGAAGGGAGAAUACCUCCUAAAUCUACGCGAGUAUCAUCACAUGACGUCGGGAAGGACGAGUUUGUUACCCGUCAACGUCGGAGAUAUAGUGACGAUUCACGACGAGCAAAUUAGAAAUCGAAUGUUCUGGAAACUAGGACGCGUAGAAAAACUUCUUAGAGGGAGCGGUAACGAGGUCAGAAGAGUAAGCUUACGUCUAGCAAACGGCAGCGUGAUAGAGCAACCACUUCAAAAAGUAUAUCCGAUAGAAGUCACCGCAGAAGAACUCGAAUCCAAACCACAUGCAGAAGAAAACAAAAUCGCGGAAAUCGAUCGACCUAAGUGUAUAGCCAAGACCGUAGCUAAAGAAAGACUGGCAAUCAUUGACCAGCUUGAAAACGAACCCUUUAUAAGACAGAGUGCGCUGGUCAAGGGGGGAGUGUGGGAAAAAGUGGCCGCUAGCCCCUGACCCUUGCUUUCUUCUUGACCUUUCCUUUUUUAUUUACAAGCUAUCUUUUAUUGAGUUGAAUUUUUGUAUAAUUUUGAUUGACGCUGAUUGCUGCAUGGCUUUUAAAUCGACGUGAUCCAAGAGUGGAAUGGAAGUAUAAAGAAAUUUGAAUACAUUCAAGAAAUCGAAGCAAGAUAAGAAAGAACUCUGAGAGAGAUGGAAACCCCUUAUAUCCAACUGUCCAUGGCAAAUGGUGAACCGUUGGUGAACCGUUGGUGAAACGUUGGUGAAUCGUUGGUGAAUCGUUGGCGAAUCGUUGGUGAAUCGUUGGUGAAUCGUUGGUGAA